UUGUUGUGGAAAAUUCGAAUAUGUAUUUGAAUCAUUUGUUGAUGAUAUAAAUGCUCUACCAAAAUCUAUUAUAGAAUCAAAUAAAAUUGAAUCAUCAACACCACGUCCACCAUUUUCUCAAAUAGGUAUUCAUAAUCAUGUAUCACUUAAUUUACAUUUUAAUAAUCAACAACAACAACAACAACAACAACAACAACAACAGCUAUUUGAUGUUAUACAUGGUUUGAGUAUCUAUUAA